UCAUUUGAAUGACAUUGAUCUCCGCUUAAAUCCAGCGCAAAAGUCUCCAGACAAUUCAACUCGACCUUCAAUGACAAAGAUGAUCCAACCCGGUGAGGUUUCACUGAUCCCAUCACAGUCACGUUACGCGCCCAACGAUGGACAAGCCCUAGGAAGCGUGCAGGACCACCUGUAUCAGACUCAGUACAAUAUAUGCUCCAGGGAUCUGUCCACCACCAAGAUAUUCGGCAUCUAUGGCCCUGACCGAACAGUCGACGAAUUCCCAUGGGCCCGCACUGAAGCAGUACUCAAGUGUGUGUUCAAGCAGGCGCGCGCAGAGAAUCCUGAUUUCGACACGAUCUUCGGGGAGAUAAGGACUGGACAUUGGGUACGGUUCUACCGGGAGGUUUUUCCCAACGACGGAGAAGCCGAUCAGGUCCGUGGCAUUCACCAGCACGAUGUCAGAGGUAAGACGAUCUUCCAUGCUGAACAGGACCGGGACUUGAUCCAGCAGUGGGAAAAGGAUGCUAGCCUGGGCUUUCUCUCGGAUCAGUUAUGCUUGUCACUCAGUGAGUGCUCUUGCGAGACGCAGUGGUAAGCUGGGGAAGCCUUUCGGCCUGUAUCAGAGGCGCUGUGAUGGAGGGGGCCGUUCCCAAGAACCCUAGGUGUACUACAGAGGAAGCAUGAAUCCCUGAACACUGCCAAAGCUUCAACCCAACAACUCAACAACUGGUGACAAGCAUAUGUUCGGCUUGGACAUGGAUCGGAAAGUCCAUGUUUGGCAUACCCCGCAUAUGGGUUGGGUGAGAGUGCCACGACGCAGUGGGAU